AUGUUCGACAGUAUGGCUGUCACGUUCAAGGAUGGAGUCAUUCUGGGGGCCGAUUCACGCACAACCACCGGCGCAUACAUCGCAAAUCGAGUUACAGACAAGCUCACAAGGGUGGCCGACACCAUUUGGUGCUGUCGAUCCGGGUCGGCGGCCGAUACGCAGGCCGUCGCCGACAUUGUCCAAUACCAGCUGGGGCUGUUCCAUAUGAUGAACGGCAAGCCCCCAACAACGCAGACCGCCGCAGCCAUCUUCCAAGAGAUCUGUUACUCAAACAAGGACCGGCUGUCGGCAGGUCUCAUCAUUGCAGGCUGGGACGAACGGCACGGCGGCCAAGUCUACUCGAUCCCCCUUGGCGGCUCCCUACACAAGCAAGCAUAUGCGAUCGGCGGCUCGGGCUCGACCUACAUCUACGGAUACUGCGACGCGAACUGGCGGGAGGGUAUGGAGGAGGCGGACGCCGUCCAGUUUGUCAAGGGCGCGCUGGCGGAGGCCAUCAAGUGGGACGGCAGCUCCGGCGGUGUCAUCCGCAUGGUCGUGUUGACGGCCAAGGGUGCCGACAGGCAUCUAUACCUCCCGGACGAGGGCUACUCUGUCAAGCACUAG